AUGCACUGUGGCUUUGGCCUGCACUGCCGCUAUGCCCAUAACGAAAAAGUUGAACCAUCAGAAAACUCGCUCGCUGAGCAAUCUUCCCACUCGGCGGAUUUGAGAUGCAGGCUGCAGUGGCGGCCCAAAUGCCCAGCAGGAGAUGCAGAUGAGGAGAUGAAAGGUUUCAUGAAGAGUGAGCAGAGCAUCACGGAUUCUUCAGGAUGCUCGAGACAGGAGUCGGCAACGGUCAACCCACAGGAGAAGAGGUCUCCAGGAGUCGAAGACGGCGCAAAUCUUGACUGUCCCUCAAUAGCGAAAUUCAUUUGCUGCAAGUGGCUAUGUGGCACCUGCAAGGAAGGUGACAGUCACAUCGCCGGCAACCGGCAAUAUCUGCAUGAGGACAUUCCAGGGCUUCAGUGUGGCUAUGGAUCCAACUGCUGGUAUUCACACAACAACGAAAAGUCUGUGUGCUGCUAUUGGCUGGAAGGACGCUGUGAUUUUGAAUCGACCCACACACUCGGAAAGCGCACUUUCCUGCAUCGGCAGGUUCCAGAACUUCCGUGUAGUUAUGGUGCUUCCUGCCGCUUCAACCACCAUGUUUCCAGAAAGCACUCGAACAAUGAACUUCGAAAAGAUGCGUUAGUAUGCAUCAAAGCAAAUACUCUUCAGUACGCGGAAGUUUUGGAAGUUGGCGAAAAGCAAGCACGUGUACGUUUCCUUCCUGAUGAUGGGAGGCAAGUUUCGAAAUUGGUGUCAUUGAGAGACCUCUUGGUUCCGGAUUAUUCCGACCUGGAAGAAGGCUUGCGUGUCCAAGUGAUCGUUGGAUCCAAGCAGUUCCUUGCAACCGUCAAGCGUAUCUCCCAAGAUGCUGCAAGAGCCCGGGCACCGAUCUGCAUCCACUUGAAUGGACACCCCCAUGAAGAGUGGGAGUGGGUGGGUGCCGACCGCUUGCACAGCAAGGCGUUGAAGUUCUUACCCAUCAAGCCUCUUGAAUCCAAGUCUGAGGACCCGGUGCCCGAACCGCCGGAAAGGGUCCAGGGGUGCGAGAAGCCCCCGGAAGCCGAACGAAGAGACUCUGAAGAGAUGCCUUGUUUUCAAAGUUUCCCGACUGGUUCCCUGCCGUGGAAUGAACCCUCGGACGAGGAGGAUGCACUGCACAGCCUAGAUGGCGCUGUCCAUGCCACCGAGUGUGCCAUUACGGUUGCCGGCCAGUCAAAGGAAUGGCUUCCGGACCUGGAGCGCCAACUGAACGGACUGAGAUCGAAGCAUCUCCAGUGCGUAUUGGCUCUGCAUGGCUGGACCGGGGACAAGUUUGAAUCUGAACCCGACCUACAGAACCUUCUUGACCGGCUGAUCCAGGCGAGGUCGGACAAGUAUGAAGUCAAUAGCGACUGCAGUUACCAGGAUUCCCUCGCUUCAGGGGCCGAGGUGUCAGAGGUCAUGCUGAAUGAAGCCGCUUCGAGCUGCGCUUUGUCCGUGGACAGUCUGGAAGCUCAGCUGGCAAGGCAGCCCAGCCAUCUCGCGGAGCUGGCCGGAACUCUGGUCUUUGGAACCUUCCGCUGCAGCACGGCCGGCGUGGAUGGCAAGACCAAGCGCUGCGGAGAGGUCCUGGUAGAGCGUGGCCCACAAGCUUUGCUGGGCAGCAAGGCUCGGGCUUUUUCCAUACUGGACAGGACCGUGCUGUUCGGACGCAUCGUUCAGUCAGAAGAGUUCGGCGUCCCGCGGCAGACGCUCUUCGUUUGUUCUCGGUCGAAGCUGGUUCGCAAUCACAACUACGUGCCCUUCAAGCCCAUCAAUGGCAAGCUUCCUCCUAUUCAAGUUCCCUGGAACAAAGCCAAGCCGCUCCCGAGCAGCAUCGACUUGCACAUCGUUGAAGUGGACAGUUGGAAUGGGGACCAUCAGCCUAGAGGCAGAUAUGUAGAAGGUUUGAAGAUGCAGUCACGGGAUUCUGAUGUCGCUAUUCUUGAGCCGGUGCAGAUCUCGCUGAACUUCUGCGACUGGAAGCGCGGGGAUGCCAAGAAGAGCAUAGGCCUGUUCCCCGCUGGGCACUUUCCAUGCCCGGACGCUUCUGGACGCGAAGAUCUCCGAAGCUCCCUGGCCAUUGGCAUUCAGCAUCCCGGACCCGUCAGCAUGGCGUUCUCUUAUUCUGCGGAAAGAGUUCAGAUGCACAUUGUUGAUGUCAAUGCGUACCUGGACCAGCACGGAAUGGAAACUGUAGAGCAGCUGGUACGCCAGCGUGCCGUGGGUGUUUGGUUCUUGGAUCACCAUGACCGGCCCUUGGAUGCCUGCCUCCCGCUUUUCCCACCAGAUGUCGAGCAGGAGCUGAGCUUCUGUGAAGGUUCCGAGCGCCUCGCUGUGACCUUCACCUUCCCUGUCACACCGCAGCAGACCCUGGACCUCGAGGAGGUCUCCAUCUCCAGCACCGUGGUGCGAUGUGACACCCUGCUGACUCCAGAGAAGGCCGGAUCUCUGCUGAGUGACUCCGGUGGGGGCGAGAUCGGCGUGUUGCUACGCCACCUCGCAGGCUGCGCACGGAAGUUCGAGCAAGCUGAGGUUGGUCGACGCAGCUUGGCGGCACUGGAGAGCCUCGAUAUCGACUUUGCCAGUCAUGCCGGAGCUCGAGACCAGCCUUCGCCAGCUUAUGCGCACCUGGCUGGCACCCGGCUCCUGUGCACCCUUGCUCACCUAGUUGAUCGCACUGCUGGUCGACUACUCGCUGGCUCGAAGACCGCAUGGGCAGAGGUAUUGCGCAAAGUGGAGAAAGAGGAGAUGCCGCCUCCCGAGUUUGAGGUCAGGCGUUCUCAUGCCCGAGCAGACCCCUCGACACGGAAGGUCAUUGAGCGGCUUCUCCUUCUUAGGCCUGAGAAGGACCAAGGGCCCCCCUUGGGUGUGGUCGACGCUUUGCAGGCCUUGCGUGGAAUCCUCCACCAGGCAGGGCUUUCCUACGAGCAGCGCCAUUGCUUCGUUUCAUCGUUCCUCCGGCGAUUCCGCAAUGCGUUGCCGCAGGCAUACUUCGAAGUUGCCGAGCUAAGCCCUUCACCUGCCAAGAAGCCCGAGACAGGAGAUGAUUCGUUCCAGCACGAGCGAAGCUUCAACAUCAGUCGCCCCUUGCAGUAUCACAUUGACAUCCUGGGCAUGCGGGCGCUAAAAGCUUUGCUGGGUUGGCCCUCCAGUGCGCGGUUGCGCUUGACCAGGGUGGACCUGCAAAAGGCCGUUGCCCGAGCAAACGCUCGGCAAGCCGCAGAGGGCUUUGGCCUACACAUCUUCAGGGUCAUCUCUUGGAUGAAGGAUCUAUCCAUCGGGCGCAUCAUCUCCAACCCACUGAUUGGGGCGGUGGGGCCUGUUUACAUCAACGUGCUGAUCCCCUCGGCGACGUCAUCCGUCUUGGAGUUCAAGGUGCCCGUGUCGGCUCUGAGCUCGUCCUCGGAGAGCCCGCACUACGAAGCAGCGACACAGUCCCUGAGGCUGACUGCAAAGGAUCCGGUGACGGGGGAGGCCCAGAAGCUUUCGGUAGACACAUGGUCAGCGCCAAAGAUGACCUGCACCAUCUCACACAACAGUGCCCAGCCGGUUCCGCACCAUGCCAGCGCCAACGCCAUUAUCGUAACGGAGCUCGUGCUGAACAAGACACCCAUAGCUGUCGGCCAUAAGAUGUUCCCGGAGAUGUUCUCGUCCUGCCCCGAUCUUGUGGAGUGGGCAGUGAUGGAUCGCCGGAUCGAGGCUUACUCACGCGUGUGGACCCGGAUCAAGACGUGUCAAGUCCAUGCAGCAGCUGUCUCUAGUGAUGCCUACACCAGGCCCGUAGACGCACGCAGUGUGAAGUGGGUCCAAGACCACCGCAAGUGGUACUUCCAUGGUCAAGCGGUGUUUUCCGGGCCGUUGCGGGUGCGGCAGGGCGACCUUGCUGUCCUCUUCUUCAGCAGGGAGGACCAAGUCCUGGAGCUUCGCGGUACCGUUUUGCAGUUCAGAGCCGACGCGAAAAGUCGAGAUACUUCGGUGGGGAAGACCUUCAACAUCGAGGUGGAGGUCUGCGAGAAUUCUCAGCCUUUGCGGGAAGCGCACGACUCCUUUGUUCUUGCCGCCACCCCAUCCCUCUACUUCAUUGUGGUCCCAGCAAACGAGAAGAAGAGCAUUCAGAUGUUGCAGACGAUUCCAUCGAACCCUCCGCUGCAGAACAUGCGACUGACGGUUCCACGAACAUCGCAGCAGCAGAAGCAAGAGCUGGAAAUGCGACCGCUUCUGACCGUUCAGGAGGUCCAAGUGGCACUGUGCAAACCGGACUACGAGAUGCAAAAGGACACCAACUUGAAUGAGCAGCAAACACUUGCAUUGCAGCGUGGUCUACAACGGCCAUUCUCCAUCGUGCAGGGGCCUCCUGGAACAGGCAAGACGUCCUUGUUGGUGAAGUUCAUUGUGUCGGCGAUGUCUACCAAGCUUUCUGGCCCACCGCGGCAGCAGGUGCAUCGCGUCCUCGUCUGUGCGCCCUCCAACCAUGCAGCAGAUCACCUUCUGCAGCGUCUUGUGAGGGACACGCGCAUUCCACCGCAGUACAUCACACGGGUGUAUUCGCGGUUCAUAGAGGCCAGCCACGGAAGCACCUACAAGAGUGGCCCCGUGCGAAAUGAGCGCGGCUUCGACAUUCAGCCUCAUCUUGAAGAACACAGCUUGCACUUCAAAGUGAGCCAAUCACCCCAGGUUGCCAGGCAGAGUGACGAUCAGAAGGCGUUUGACAAAGCCUAUGAAGCAGAGGAGGUUGCAGUUCUCAACAGAAGCCGUGUUGUGAUCAGCACGUGUACCAAUGCAUACUUGCAUCCUGCACUGAUCCAGGGUGAACCGCGAAAUGCUGUCCGCCCAGUCCAGUUCCACACUGAAGUCGUUGAUGAAGCCGCGCAAGCAAGUGAGCCUGAUGUCGUGCUGGCAGCCACUCAUGCGGCUUUGCGCUUGGUUGUGGUAGGGGAUCAUCAGCAGCUCGGACCUGUGAUAACCCAAAAAAACUUGUGUGCUGCAUACCUGGGUUCUUUGGAGGUCUCGUUCUUGGAGCGGAUGUUGAAGGAUCCAGUCCGACAGUGUGCCAGUGUCAUGCUGAACGUGCAGCAUCGCAUGCACGCAUCCAUCAGACGCUUUCCGUCGAUGCAGUACUAUGAGUCAAAGUUGACGGACCACGUCACAAUCCCGCAUCGCCCUGAGCUACAGAGCCUCUGGCCACAAGAGAAGGAGCACUGCCGCUUCAUUCACAGCUGCACUCCCCAUUCCAUCGAGCUGGCUUGUGAGACGUCCUUCGAAGCGAAAGGCUCCCUGAAAAACGCAGGGGAGGCAGAGGUUGCUGUGCAAGCAUGUGUCACGCUUCUGGAGAAGGGCUGCCAAGCGGAAGACAUUGCCAUCAUAACACCGUACACCGCCCAGUGCCUGGAGAUCCGCGGCAGGCUUGAGAGAGCCAUGAGUGACCGAGCUCCGAGCUCGACUCCGCUUGUGGGCACGGUGCAUGCGCUACAGGGAUGGGAACGUGAGUUCAUCAUCAUGAGCUGUGUGCGCAGCAUAUCAGAGGAGGUACAAGACAUCUCUUCCGGAGAAGCGGCCACACGUGGGGACUCCGUCGCUUUGCGGGAGGUGUUUCAGCCAAGCCUAGGCAUCGUGUCAAACCCCAAGCUCUUGAACGUGGCAUUAACCCGUGCAAAGUAUGGAUUGCUGUGCAUCGGGAAUGCGGAUAUCUUGAGUGCGGGCUCCAAAGAUUUCCACGACCUGAUCAGCAGCCUCCGUAAGCGCAAGUGUUUGGAAAAUCGAGAAGCUUUCGUCAAGUCGUUGCGUGGGACACGGCGGUGGGCUCGCACAUCUCUCCCAAGCCUCCGUCCGGAGGACUCCUGCUCCAAUGUGGGAGCCGUCGAUGUCCGGCGCGAGCUUCUGCAGCGCCAGGAUGCAGUGAUUGAAGGCUCUGAGGUGUCCGAUGCUAGCUCCAUUGCAGUUCUCUCCGACCUGGCCGAUGGCCCGAAGUGCUUCUUGUGCGGGACGCUGCUGAAGACGGGCGGCGGCAGCAUGAUACCAGUUGAACUUCUGGAAGAGCACACCAGGGUGAAGAAGCUCCAGUGUCAUCUCCAGGAGACGGUGGACUUGGUGCAAAUAGAUGCGGGUGAGGCCUGGCCCUCGGUGCGCACGUGGGCUUGGCAGCAGCCUGGCGUUCUAGAGCUUCCACAGCAGCCCGGGCUGCAAAAGAUGCCCCCGUCCGGACCUCAGGCCACCAAGUACGUCGAAACCGUCGCCGACGAGAGGCUGUUCGAGCAGGUCUACCUGCAGUACACAUCGGAGUACCUGAAGGGCCCGCUGUACUGGCACCCCGACAAACUGCAGGGCUGGCUGCCCGACUACCCCGGCACGCCAAUGAUCAAGGAGGGCAAGUACACCUCCCACGUCAUCGGAAACCUGAAGGCUUUCAGCUCCAACGAGCUCGCAUUCUUGUCGAUGCUUUUCUUUGGAGUUGGCCUCUACGGCAAUCUGCAGUUCAACUUCUACGAUCCCCAGUGGGCCAAGGUUGAUGCUGGUGGCUUCUUCAACGUCUCCUACAUCGUGGAGUCCUUCUUGCUCCCGAUCUCCUUCUUCAUGCACAUUGCCUGCUACAUCCAGAGACAGAAUGGCAAGUGA